UGAUCACAAGGCUGCGGUGGGUAGCCCGACUUGGUGCGCGAAGGCACCGAGUCCCGGCCUGAGACGGUAGGCGAGACCGGCGCAGUCAGCAGCGCGGCAACUGAGGUGCGGGGACUCGGGAAGGGCGCUCCCAGCUGAGCACCGGAGUCUUCUGAAGCAGUCGUAGUCUUUCGAAGGGGAGAGGGAGAAGCAAUCAAGUUUUUAAAAAAAAAGAGGCUGAAAACAGUCCAAGUUCAUGGUUUCAUAAACAGACUCCAAACAACUGCAAGAACAGAUACCAACAGAAAAACAUUGUACUUGGGCCUCCAAGCUCCAAAUAAACUAAAAUAUGGCAGAUGAUUUUGAGCCUUUGUUGUCACCUGAUUUUGAACAUGAAGAGAAACCAGAAUUAAAUUCAAGAAGACCUUUCUAUGUACCACGCAACAACCUGUAUGGCAACACACCACCUGAAGAACAGAUUACAGCCAAAGCUUCAGCAAUGAACAGCCGUAUUCAGUAUUACAGCAAGUUGACUGCUACACACAAAACAUUGGUGCCACCUCAUCAUGUCAUUCCAGCUGAAGAGGAAAUUUAUGUUUACAGUCCUUUAGGAAGUGCUCUGCAAUUUGAAAGUAGCAUAGAUGGCUUUGGAAAGAAUCCCAGCAUAGUCACUAUAUUUUCUAUUUGGAAUACCAUGAUGGGCACAUCCAUAUUGAGCCUUCCAUGGGCAUUGAAAGAGGCAGGAUUCACUUUUGGAAUUAUUUUGAUCAUUGCAAUGAGCAUUCUGAUGCUAUACUGUUGUUAUCGAGUCGUGAAAUCCCGACAGACAGUUCCUAUCGAUACAUCAAGCUGGGAAUUUCCUGAUGUCUGUAAAUAUUAUUUUGGUUCAUUUGGCCAGUGGUCCAGUCUUCUUUUCUCUCUAAUUUCCCUGUUUGGAGCCAUGAUUGUUUACUGGGUCCUUAUGUCCAAUUUCCUGUACAACACAGGAAUAUUUAUUUUCAAUUAUGUUCAUAAUGUGUCAGAAGUGAAUCAUGUUUUGAGUACAAAUGGAACUCCUAAAGUUGUUUGUCCAGACCCACCUGGAGGUCAUGAAAAGAAUUCCACUGACAUGUCCUUCAUCAUAAGCAAUAACACAGCCUUACACGAAUUUCAGAAGUGGUGGAGCAAAACAAAUACAGUCCCUUUCUACCUCAUUUUCCUCUUAUUUCCCCUUCUUUCUUUCAAAUCUGCCUCAUUUUUUGCAAGGUUCAAUAAUCUGGGUACAAUUUCAGUUGCGUAUUUAAUUAUUUUGGUAACAGUGAAGGCAGUACAACAAGGAUUUCACUUAGAAUUCCAUUGGUUUGAAUCUACAAACAAUUUUGUAGCAGAAUUUCGAUUAUCUUUUCCUCAUCUGACUGGAGUUCUUGCACUUGCUUUCUUCAUUCAUAACUGUGCCAUCACCCUUUUAAAGAACAACAGAUACCAAGAAAAUAAUAUUCGAGAUCUUUCUAUUGCCUAUCUGCUUGUGGGAUUGACCUACUUGUAUGUUGCAGUUAUGACAUUUGCUUCAUUUCCCUCACCAGAAUUAUCCAAAGACUGUAUUGAGCCGAACUUCUUGGACAAUCUGCCGAGCAGUGAUACCACAGCCUUCGUUUCCCGAGUUUUCCUGCUGUUUCAGAUGACCACUGUUUAUCCAUUGUUGGGCUAUCUGACAAGAGUACAGAUAUUGGGACAGUUGUUUGGUAAAGCGUAUCCCAGCUUUGGUCACGUGUUUGUUCUAAAUGUCGUGGUUCUUUGUAGUGGAGUCUUGGUGGCAAGGUUUUAUCCCAAUAUAGGCAGCAUUAUCAGGUAUUCAGGAGCAACGUGUGGUCUUGCCUUUGUAUUUGUUUAUCCAUCUCUUAUUCAUAUGAUAUCACUUCAUCGCAAAGGACAGCUGAGUUGGCCGUCGAUGAUUUUCCAUAGUUUCCUGAUAGUACUUGGUGCGGCUAAUCUGAUUGCACAGUUCUUGAUAUAAUACUAGUCAAACAAGGUACUAAAUUUUAAGGUGCCUCAUUAAUUGAAUUAUUGCUGAUCUUAGUGAAGAAUUGAAAACUGGAUGUACUUUUCUUGAUUAUGCUGACAGAUGGACAAUUGAUUUGAUCAUUAUUUGUAACCGGAGACAUAUUUCCCAUUUUUAUAGCCCAUCCAAAAGUUGACCAGUUGCAAUUACUUUGCCUGGAUGUUGUGAUAUGUCUUUACUGGAUUAGCAUAGUUACCAUCAGUAAAUUAACUUGUAUUAUGUCCUUAAUCCUGUCAAAACAACAGAAUAUUUUUAGCCAAAUGAUCUAAAUAGAACACAAGGCACAGUUAUUAACUACACAUCGCUUCAACAGCACUUGGUGUUGGUUUUUUAAAAGCUUAUUUUGCCCUUCCACAAUGAAAUACAUUUGGGUGGUCAACAGAUGCCAAAAUGUCUUUCAAAUAUUCCACUGGGCUAGAACAGUCCUUUGUCACUGCAUGUGGCACUUAGGUGUAUUUUGAAAUAUUAUGAAAUGGUGCACUUGAUGGAAUGGAUUGCAUAUAUUUGGACUGUUGGUUUAAAUUAGUCUGAUUGAAGUAUGAGGGUGAUUAUAUUCCAGUCACUGUCUUGAAUUUACUGAUACCCAAACCCAUAUGCAUUUUUUUUUAAAUUGACUAUAAUUUUCUACUUGUGGGUUAGUGUUAGUGGAGACCCUGUACGUAAGUGGUUCCCAGCCUGGGCUCCAUGGACCCCUCUGUUACUGGUAAGGCUCCAUGGCAUUAAAAAAAAGGUAGGAAACCCCUGCUGUAUGUUCUCAUCUUUCCUGUACGAGAUUUUUCCCACUUUUUUUGGCUAAAUAAGUUAACAGGACUAAUGUAAAUGCAAACAUCUACUUUCAAGUUCUAUACUUUUACUGAAUUGUUUCAAUUAUUUGAAUAAUCCUUCAGCAUAACGUAUGAAUUUGUAACCUGAUAGAGAUAAAUCUUGACAUCUUGUAAAGAAGCUUCCUCAACUUCUGAUGCCAAACAGAGAAUAAAAGUUUAAAAUUUUAAGAGGCAAUGUUCAGGAAAAACUAAAUAAGCCAAUUCUUAAACUUACUGAUACUUUUGCACUUGACUCUUUAUGAUAUGACUGGUAUUAAAGCUGAAUUUUGUUUUCAAACUGGCAAAUUGGUGGAGCAAACUAAAAUACAAAGCUUGCAGUAAUUCAAGCGUUUGGUUAUGAUACAGAAUCGAUAUUGUCUUUUCCAAGAAAUGGUAAUUACUUUGUAAUGGGACAUCAGUACAAUUCUGGGACAGGAUUGUGGACAUUUCCUCCACAUCACUGGAUAAGAAUUUUUAACUGCUGUAUUCUGGGUAUGUGCUCACUACCUGCUAUCCUGCAUAAACAUGGGGAGUAUUUCUUUGACAAUAGUCUUAUUGCACAAGAGUGAAUAGAUUCUAGCAGCAAUCUGUAAUGUACAGAUAAACCAAACCCAUGUGCAAUUUAUUUGAACAGAAUAUCAUUUUGAAUAUGUGGGUUAGGGGAAGUGUUAGUGUCCUCAUUUUUUUUUCUACCACAAAAAUUCUUCCCACUUUAUCUGGCUGAAAAUAUUGGUUUGACUCCUUAGUGGCAGGCCCAGGAACAGCUCAAUCACACUGACAUGUGGCUGGAGAAAAUACAAAGGGUGUGUUUCCAGAUCAAGAAAUUUUGCAGUUGUUUAAUCACUUUUUCCUAACUCUGAAAAGAGGACAGUUAUUACUUUGGUGGAACUCAGACAAUGGAAUUACUGGAACAAUUUAAUAUCAUUCACUGGUAAACUGUUUUGUAAUAUCAGAAGUUCUGAUUGCAGAUACUAAAUAUGUAAAAGAGAACAGUUAAGUUCAAAGCUUUUUGUCAUCUUAUCAACUAUUUCUGUCACCUGGUGCAGUGCACUCGAGUUUGUUGAUUGUAAAUCCAUUACACUUCGUUGUGUCAGUAAAAUUAAAUGCAGUGAAUCCAGUCAAUAAAACUUUAACAUAAUAUUUUCCAAAUGUUAAUGGGAAAAUAACAUUGCAAUACUUGAUUACCUCAAUAAAGAGAUGAGUGGAAUGUAGAUUGCUUUCAUUCUUUGAGAAUAUAUAAAAUAAAUGUAUAAAAUUGGAUACUACAAUACAUCUCAUCUUUAAUCCAUGAUCGAACAACUAAUGUCUUGCUUUUUUAUGAUAUGAUUAAUUAUGUUAACAAUCAGCUAAUACAUCUCCCCUUUAAAAUAUUGCAAGUAAUUGUUGUGCUAGAUCAAUAAUAAAUCAGACUUUGUUGUCCUCCAUCUUAAAUGCUAAUUCAGUGAAGGUCAAUGUACAUUUUAAAUAUGCUAUUUUGUGUUCUGACUAGAUCUGUUAUACAUUGAGUCAAUAUUAAGUAAUCAGCAUCGCUAGCAUUUGUCAUUUUUCCCCUUUCUGUGAUGAUUCAACUUUCAUUGCUAUAUAUUUAAAUUUACUAUUGAACUUAACUCUAUCCAGAUUGAUCUUUUACUGCCAGUGUUCUUUCUCCUCAUUUAAUCAUUGCCUUACACCCUAUCAGAAACUUUAAAUUUGUCUUUUUUCCCUACCCUGCCCUCAUAUCUUCCCAUCCCCUCCUUAUUCUGUCUUUUUUUUUGUCAUAAAAUCUAGCCCAUACCUGAUUAAAGCAUAACAUCCUAAGCUACUGGGUAUUUCCAGUAUUCUGCCUGUUCCAUUGCAAU